UUGAAUGUGUUUUGGCGGGAAAGUAAUGAAAGCGAGAGAAAGAGAUUUAAGAAUACAAGAAAAAACAAUAAUAUAAGGAGAGAUAGUGAACAGAGAACAGAACUGAACAGAACAUUAUAACGCAUGCCAGUUGAUAAAUGAAAAGGUCGACUUCAAAAAUAAAUUCAUGCGCAUGUCAUCAACUGGUUUGCUUGCCCUGAAAAGAGAGAGACUAGCAAUAUGGCGACGUGUGCACUCGAGCGUUUAUCCCCAACGCGUUCGACGGCCACACGUCGAGAUCUGCAUUGUGAAUGGGGAUGAGCGUUCUCUACGUAUCUUUCAGUUCAGUGCAUUUGAACAAUUGGCAUGCCAAACAAUUUUAGGGGAUUCCCUAUGAGGUAAUUGAGCGCCCCCGCAAGUAUAGGGCGCGGCACUAAGGGGUGUACUGUGUUAACAAUCCCAAUGUCGCAGUCAUUAUGAUUACGUCGUAUUGUCAGCUAAUUUCUCAAUAUUGACGUAGAAUCUCAUUGAUUUGCAUCAUCCAAGCUGUAUAGACAGAAAUGACACUUUCGUGAAACAGGUAGGCCUACUAUUCGCUCCGAUCCGCUUCGUUUCCUUCUUCUACAAGUGCUAAAGUUCUAAUUCCCUACCCGGCCACCACCCGCAAUAGACUCUACACAGUCACAAGCUUGUGCAUGCGGACGAACGAGUGGUAUCCAAAACCACGAUAUACAGUCAGUCCGCAUAGCCACAGCAAUUACCAUUUGGAUGUCUUGCUGGGGCUAUCAUUCAUGUACUUUCCCAGCGGACUGAGUUUCUGUCGAAUGAGAAGGACAUCUUGCACCAUGGAUGGAUUCUGCCAUCUCUAUCUGCCCAUGAUUCUUCUGAUGAGAUCUGGUGAUGUUGAAACCAACCCUGGACCAGACAGGAUCGUCAGUGAUGAAGAAUUCAUAAAGCUUUCCACGCUAAUUGCAACUUGCUACUACCAUAAGUUGGGCGUUAAUCUGGAGAUUCCCAUUGUAGAGCUUGAUCACAUCAAGGAAUGUAGCCUAAAUACCAGUGAUGCAUUGAUAGCAGUGUUCACGAGAUGGAGAAUUAAACAGUCUCCAGGCAAAGACAUCAGGGCUCUUCUUGCAGAGGGAUUGAAAAAUAGUGACUUAGGGUUCCUCUCUGGCGAACUACUCGCUGGCAGAAUAGUCCCGAAUAGGACAGGUGCUUCUGUUACAAUGCCAGGAUCACAGACUCCACCACUUUCUCCUGACCAGAUCAAGAGAUGUGCAGAUGAUUUCAAAUUCAAGUACCGAACAAGUCUCUGUAAGAUCAGAGCUGAUGCCCUCAACCCCGAUUCCAUUGUGCCAUUCAAUGACAUGUACACAAACCUUCUCCUAAAAGAGGAAUAUAGAGAACACAAGCGACCACUUGGGUACAGGGAUCUCUUUGACCUCAAAGUCAAUGGAGAGUUCCCCAAGCGGAUCAUGAUUCAGGGAGAGGCGGGGGCUGGAAAGACAACACUCUGUUCUAAGAUUGCCUGGGACUGGAUAACUGACAGUCCUGUUCUCCCAAAGUUUGUGUGGGUACUUGUUGUCCCUCUUUGUGAAGCCAAGCAAUGCACGAUCGGUGAGAUUGCCAAGUCGUAUCUCUCCAAGGACAACCCAGCAACAGCCAGCCAGAUCACUAGGUACAUCCGGUCAUAUCCAACUAAUGUAUUCAUUGCGUUUGAUGGAUUAGAUGAGUUUGAUGGCAAGGUUGUACAGGAAGGAGAAGCUGGUUCAAAGUCAGAAUUUCACAAGCCAAAGUCUGCUGAUCAAACCAAGGCAAGAUCAGAAUCCAAGACGAACAAGACGAACGAGGCUAGUGGAAGUUCUUCAGAGAGAGGUGACAUUGCACUUAUAGACAUUCUUCGUUCAGAUGAACUUGACACUUGCCCGGUAUUGGUGACAAGUCGCCCAAGGAAGGUCACAGAGAUUAGAUGGGAUAAUAGUCUAAGGAAACUCUACACUUUCAUGUAUGUGGAAGGUUUUAGCAAGGAGAAUGUGGAGGUUUACAUUCACAAGUACUUUGAAGACAAUGUGGCCACAGCAGAUCAGCUCAUCCAAUUAACCAAAGAAAGUGACAUCAUAUCUGAGUAUAUGGCCCCACAUCCUAUCUACAUAGCUAUGCUCUGUCUUAUGUGGAGAGAACUUGGUGACAAAAAACAAGAAAAGUUAAAGUCAUUUCGAACUUUUUCUCAAAUAUUUGAUGAAAGGUUUAAAUUCCUGAGUGUGCAUUAUGCUCAGAAAAAAAUUACAGAUUUAGGCAGCCCAUCAUUCAAAGAAUAUCUCGCUCAAAUUGAGAAGCUCUUGAAACCAGUUGCAAAAGUUGCUUUCAUCAGGCUACAAGAAAACACUGAUGUUUUCAAAGAAGAUGAUUUUGAACAGUGUUUAGAAUCCUUGGAAACAGCUUGCAGAGUAGGGGUAUUAGAGAAAAGAAAGUCAUUUAUAAAUGAUAAGAGCAGUAUCGAUCUGCAGUCUCAAAUUGUCUUUCCACACAAACUCUUUCAGGAGUACAUGGCUGGAGUCCAUCUUGCUUCCUUGUAUGAACUAAAUCACAAUGAAUUCAACAGGCUGAUUGAGGAAGUAGUGCUGCCUAGGAAGGAAGCUUUUAGGUAUCUCCUGUACUUCACUGUAUCACGGGACAAAACCAUUGCAAACCAUGUCAUGAAAUGCAUGGUACAGGGUAACACCCCAACCCAAGAGGAGAUGGAUUUUUUGGUUGAUGUAUCAUUUGAGAGUCAGGACCUUGAUACCGUAGCCUUGUUGAGGGGUCGAGUGUCAUCUCUGAAAAUAAACUUCAGGACUGCACAUACCAUAGCAGCUUAUGUAUUCACUGGACUAUAUGUAGAUGUGAUCGAUCUUCAAGUGAAUGAUUACAUGCUUGGACCAACUAUAUCGCAUGAUGUAGCGAAGAUGAUAUGCUCUGCUCCCUCUCUAGAGAAAGUUUCACUAUUCGGAACAGUCUUGGACAGUGACUUCUAUGUAGUUCUUGCUAAAGAAGGAAACAAGUCCAAGGUCAAAGCUGUCACGCUUUUUGACGCUGGGUGUCCAACAUCAGCCUCUUCACAUCACUUCAUAGAUGCUUUGUGUUCCAUGCCAAACCUGACUCACCUGACACUAUGUGGAAAGAAUUUCCAGGAAAAGUUCUAUUCUACACUGAAUGCAAAGGCAUCAACCUUACAGGUCAAAACUAUCGAGCUUUGGGAAGUAAUUUUUCCGACAUCAACCUCUACACGUCACUUCGUAGAUGCUCUGUGUUCCAUGCCAAACCUGACUGAACUGAGACUAUGUGGAAAGAAUUUCCAGGAAAAGUUCUAUUCUACACUGAAUGCAAAGGCGUCAACCUUACAGGUCAAAACUAUAGAGCUUUGGGAAGUAAUUUUUCCGACAUCAACCUCUACACGUCACUUCGUAGAUGCUCUGUGUUCCAUGCCAAACCUGACUGAACUGAGACUACGGGGAAAGGAUUUCCAGGAGGAGUUCUAUUCUUCACUGAGUGCAAAGGCGUCAACCUUACAGGUCAAAACUAUCGAGCUUUGGGAAGUAAUUUUUCCGACAUCAACCUCUACACGUCACUUCGUAGAUGCUCUGUGUUCCAUGCCAAACCUGACUGAACUGAGACUACGGGGAAAGGAUUUCCAGGAGGAGUUCUAUUCUUCACUGAGUGCAAAGGCGUCAACCUUACAGGUCAAAACUAUCGAGCUUUGGGAAGUAAUUUUUCCGACAUCAACCUCUACACGUCACUUCGUAGAUGCUCUGUGUUCCAUGCCAAACCUGACUGAACUGAGACUACGGGGAAAGGAUUUCCAGGAGGAGUUCUAUUCUUUACUGAGUGCAAAGGCAUCAACCUUACAGGUCAAAACUAUCUUGCUUUGGGACAUAGUUUUUCCGACAUCAACCUCCACAUAUCACUUCGUAGAUGCUCUGUGUUCCAUGCCAAACCUGACUGAACUGAGACUACGGGCAAAGGAUUUCCAGGAGGAGUUCUUUUCUACACUGAAUGCAAAGGCGCCAACCUUACAGGUCAAAACUAUCGAGCUUUGGGAAGUAAUUUUUCCGACAUCAACCUCUGCACGUCACUUCGUAGAUGCUCUGUGUUCCAUGCCAAACCUGACUAAACUGAGACUACGGGGAAAGGAUUUCCAGGAGGAGUUCUAUUCUUCACUGAGUGCAAAGGCGUCAACCUUACAGGUCAAAACUAUCGAGCUUUGGAAAGUAAUUUUUCCGACAUCAACCUCUACACGUCACUUCGUAGAUGCUCUGUGUUCCAUGCCAAACCUGACUGAACUGAGACUACGGGGAAAGGAUUUCCAGGAGGAGUUUUAUUCUUCACUGAGUGCAAAGGCGUCAACCUUACAGGUAAAAAAUAUCGGGCUUUCGGAAGUAAUUUUUCCGACAUCAACCUCUACACAUCACUUCGUAGAUGCUCUGUGUUCCAUGCCAAACCCGACUGGACUGGUACUACAUGGAAAGGAUUUCCAGGAGGAGUUCUAUUCUUCACUGAGUGCAAAGGCGUCAACCUUACAGGUCAAAACUAUCGAGCUUUGGGAAGUAAUUUUUUCGACAUCAACCUCUACACGUCACUUCGUAGAUGCUCUGUGUUUCAUGCCAAACCUGACUAAACUGAGACUACGGGGAAAGGAUUUCCAGGAGGAGUUUUAUUCUUCACUGAGUGCAAAGGCGUCAACCUUACAGGUAAAAAAUAUCGGGCUUUCGGAAGUAAUUUUUCCGACAUCAACCUCUACACAUCACUUCGUAGAUGCUCUGUGUUCCAUGCCAAACCCGACUGGACUGGUACUACAUGGAAAGGAUUUCCAGGAGGAGUUCUAUUCUUCACUGAGUGCAAAGGCGUCAACCUUACAGGUCAAAACUAUCGAGCUUUGGGAAGUAAUUUUUUCGACAUCAACCUCUACACGUCACUUCGUAGAUGCUCUGUGUUUCAUGCCAAACCUGACUAAACUGAGACUACGGGGAAAGGAUUUCCAGGAGGAGUUUUAUUCUUCACUGAGUGCAAAGGCGUCAACCUUACAGGUCAAAACUAUCGAGCUUUGGGAAGUAAUUUUUCCGACAUCAACCUCUACACAUCACUUCGUAGAUGCUCUGUGUUCCAUGCCAAACCUAACUAAACUGAGACUACGGGGAAAGGAUUUCCAGGAGGAGUUCUAUUCUUCACUGAGUGCAAAGGCGUCAACCUUACAGGUCAAAACUAUCGAGCUUUGGGAAGUAAUUUUUCCGACAUCAACCUCUACACAUCACUUCGUAGAUGCUCUGUGUUCCAUGCCAAACCUGACUAAACUGAGACUACGGGGAAAGGAUUUCCAGGAGGAGUUCUAUUCUUCACUGAGUGCAAAGGCGUCAACCUUACAGGUCAAAACUAUCGAGCUUUGGGAAGUAAUUUUUCCAACAUCAACCUCUACACGUCACUUCGUAGAUGCUCUGUGUUCCAUGCCAAACCUGACUGAACUUAGACUACGGGGAAAGGAUUUCCAGGAGGAGUUCUAUUCUUCACUGAGUGCAAAGGCGUCAACCUUACAGGUCAAAACUAUCUUGCUUUGGGACAUAGUUUUUCCGACAUCAACCUCUACACAUGACUUCGUAGAUGCUCUGUGUUCCAUGCCAAACCUGACUGAACUGAGACUACGGGGAAAGGAUUUCCAGGAGGAGUUCUUUUCUACACUGAAAGCAAAGGCGCCAACCUUACAGGUCAAAACUAUCGAGCUUUGGGAAGUAAUUUUUCCAACAUCAACCUCUACACGUCACUUCGUAGAUGCUCUGUGUUCCAUGCCAAACCUGACUGAACUGAGACUACGGGGAAAGGAUUUCCAGGAGGAGUUCUAUUCUUCACUGAGUGCAAAGGCGUCAACCUUACAGGUCAAAACUAUCGAGCUUUGGGAAGUAAUUUUUCCGACAUCAACCUCUACACGUCACUUCGUAGAUGCUCUGUGUUCCAUGCCAAACUUGACUGAACUGAGACUACGGGGAAAGGAAUUCCAGGAGGAGUUCUAUUCUUCACUGAGUGCAAAGGCGUCAACCUUACAGGUCAAAACUAUCGAGCUUUGGGAAGUAAUUUUUCCGACAUCAACCUCUACACGUCACUUCGUAGAUGCUCUGUGUUCCAUGCCAAACCUGACUGAACUGAGACUACGGGCAAAGGAUUUCCAGGAGGAGUUCUAUUCUUCACUGAGUGCAAAGGCGUCAACCUUACAGGUCAAAACUAUCUUGCUUUGGGACAUAGUUUUUCCGACAUCAACCUCUACACAUCACUUCGUAGAUGCUCUGUGUUCCAUGCCAAACCUGACUGAACUGAGACUACGGGGAAAGGAUUUCCAGGAGGAGUUCUUUUCUACACUGAAUGCAAAGGCGCCAACCUUACAGGUCAAAACUAUCGAGCUUUGGGAAGUAAUUUUUCCGACAUCAACCUCUACACGUCACUUCGUAGAUGCUCUGUGUUCCAUGCCAAACCUGACUGAACUGAGACUACGGGGAAAGGAUUUCCAGGAGGAGUUCUAUUCUUCACUGAGUGCAAAGGCGUCAACCUUACAGGUCAAAACUAUCUUGCUUUGGGACAUAGUUUUUCCGACAUCAACCUCUACACAUCACUUCGUAGAUGCUCUGUGUUCCAUGCCAAACCUGACUGAACUGAGACUACGGGCAAAGGAUUUCCAGGAGGAGUUCUUUUCUACACUGAAUGCAAAGGCGCCAACCUUACAGGUCAAAACUAUCGAGCUUUGGGAAGUAAUUUUUCCGACAUCAACCUCUACACGUCACUUCGUAGAUGCUCUGUGUUCCAUGCCAAACCUGACUGAACUGAGACUACGGGGAAAGGAUUUCCAGGAGGAGUUCUAUUCUUCACUGAGUGCAAAGGCGUCAACCUUACAGGUCAAAACUAUCGAGCUUUGGGAAGUAAUUUUUCCGACAUCAACCUCUACACCUCACUUCGUAGAUGCUCUGUGUUCCAUGCCAAACCUGACUGAACUGAGACUACGGGGAAAGGAUUUCCAGGAGGAGUUCUAUUCUUCACUGAGUGCAAAGGCGUCAACCUUACAGGUCAAAACUAUCUUGCUUUGGGACAUAGUUUUUCCGACAUCAACCUCUACACAUCACUUCGUAGAUGCUCUGUGUUCCAUGCCAAACCUGACUGAACUGAGACUACGGGCAAAGGAUUUCCAGGAGGAGUUCUUUUCUACACUGAAUGCAAAGGCGCCAACCUUACAGGUCAAAACUAUCGAGCUUUGGGAAGUAAUUUUUCCGACAUCAACCUCUACACGUCACUUCGUAGAUGCUCUGUGUUCCAUGCCAAACCUGACUGAACUGAGACUACGGGGAAAGGAUUUCCAGGAGGAGUUCUAUUCUUCACUGAGUGCAAAGGCGUCAACCUUACAGGUCAAAACUAUCUUGCUUUGGGACAUAGUUUUUCCGACAUCAACCUCUACACAUCACUUCGUAGAUGCUCUGUGUUCCAUGCCAAACCUGACUGAACUGAGACUACGGGCAAAGGAUUUCCAGGAGGAGUUCUUUUCUACACUGAAUGCAAAGGCGCCAACCUUACAGGUCAAAACUAUCGAGCUUUGGGAAGUAAUUUUUCCGACAUCAACCUCUACACGUCACUUCGUAGAUGCUCUGUGUUCCAUGCCAAACCUGACUGAACUGAGACUACGGGGAAAGGAUUUCCAGGAGGAGUUCUAUUCUUCACUGAGUGCAAAGGCGUCAACCUUACAGGUCAAAACUAUCGAGCUUUGGGAAGUAAUUUUUCCGACAUCAACCUCUACACCUCACUUCGUAGAUGCUCUGUGUUCCAUGCCAAACCUGACUGAACUGAGACUACGGGGAAAGGAUUUCCAGGAGGAGUUCUAUUCUUCACUGAGUGCAAAGGCGUCAACCUUACAGGUCAAAACUAUCUUGCUUUGGGACAUAGUUUUUCCGACAUCAACCUCUACACAUCACUUCGUAGAUGCUCUGUGUUCCAUGCCAAACCUGACUGAACUGAGACUACGGGCAAAGGAUUUCCAGGAGGAGUUCUUUUCUACACUGAAUGCAAAGGCGCCAACCUUACAGGUCAAAACUAUCGAGCUUUGGGAAGUAAUUUUUCCGACAUCAACCUCUACACGUCACUUCCUAGAUGCUCUGUGUUCCAUGCCAAACCUGACUGAACUGAGACUACGGGCAAAGGAUUUCCAGGAGGAGUUCUAUUCUUCACUGAGUGCAAAGGCGUCAACCUUACAGGUCAAAACUAUCGAGCUUUGGGAAGUAAUUUUUCCGACAUCAACCUCUACACGUCACUUCGUAGAUGCUCUGUGUUCCAUGCCAAACCUGACUGAACUGAGACUACGGGCAAAGGAUUUCCAGGAGGAGUUCUAUUCUUCACUGAGUGCAAAGGCGUCAACCUUACAGGUCAAAACUAUCGAGCUUUGGGAAGUAAUUUUUCCGACAUCAACCUCUACACGUCACUUCGUAGAUGCUCUGUGUUCCAUGCCAAACCUGACUGAACUGAGACUACGGGCAAAGGAUUUCCAGGAAGAGUUCUAUUCUUCACUGAGUGCAAAGGCGUCAACCUUACAGGUCAAAACUAUCUUGCUUUGGGACAUAGUUUUUCCGACAUCAACCUCUACACAUCACUUCGUAGAUGCUCUGUGUUCCAUGCCACACCUGACUGAACUGAGACUACGGGGAAAGGAUUUCCAGGAGGAGUUAUUUUCUACACUGAAUGCAAAGGCGCCAACCUUACAGGUCAAAACUAUCGGGCUUUCGGAAGUAAUUUUUCCGACAUCAACCUCUACACAUCACUUCGUAGAUGCUCUGUGUUCCAUGCCAAACCUGACUCAACUGGUACUACGGGGAAAGGAUUUCCAGGAGGAGUUCUAUUCUUCACUGAAUGCAAAGGCGUCAACCUUACAGGUCAAAACUAUCUGGCUUCGGGAAGUAAUUUUUCCGACAUCAACCUCUACACAUCACUUCGUAGAUGCUCUGUGUUCCAUGCCAAACUUGACUCAACUGAGACUACAGGGAAAGGAUUUCCAGGAGGAGUUCUAUUCUACACUGAAUACAAAGGCUUCAACAUUACAGGUCCAAACAUUCUGACUUCGGGAGGUCAGGUUUCUAACAUCAGCCUUUUCACAUCACGUAGUAGAUGCUUAACAGACCGAACUGAUACUAGGGGGAAACCUUUUCAAGGAGGAGUUCCAUUCUACACUAAUAUGCAAAGGCAUCAACUUUACAGGUAUGUACCGGUAUGUGUGUUUGUACACUAUGUCCAUGCCAUCAUGAUAUUUUAGCUUCAGUCAGCAUUUUGUUUAAUAUAUAUAUAUGUUGUGUUUUAUAUGAAAAUAUAUGAUUGUCUUAGCAAAGGAACAAUAUUAUAAAGAGUGUCUUUCAUGUACAGAAAUCCAUAUAGCUUGAAAAGAAAACAUAAUGUUUGUCAACUCUAGGUACUGUACAAGCAUUGUAAAAUUCAUUCU